CGCCGACGCUUUUCGACGCGAUCUUUCUGCUACUUUCUUGCUUCCCACCGACCAUGAGGAAGCUGCCGCCGGUGGUCGUCUUUCGUUGGUUUGUCCUAUCUGCAUCCUGCCUUGCCACCAUGGCUUCUGCGAAGGCUAUCCAAGUUACUAUUUACAGUGAUAUUGCGUGACCCUGGUGUUAUGUCGACCAGAGACGCAUGGCGAUUGCCGUGGACGACUAUAAAACGGCCCCCAAGGCGCUUCCCAUUUCCAUUGAAUGGAAGCCCUUUAUGAUUGACCCCGGAACGAAAAAAGAAGGCGAAGAGUACUUGGCGUACAAUCGACGACGUUGGGGUGGCGAUGGAUGGACCCAUAGUAUGAAACGGGAGGGACGUAAGAUUGGCGCCAAUUUUGACAAUUGGAAGUGGUGGCCCAAUACGUCAAAGGCACAUCAGCUAGUGAGCUACUUUGCACAGAGGGGAGGCGACACGAGUCGCUCCAAUCAAGCUCUCUUUGAGGCACUGUACGAAGAAGGCAAAAAUUUGUCUUUGGUGGAUACGUUGGUAGAAAUUGCCGUGGAAAAGCUGGGCCUGCCUCCUUCGGAACGAGAAGAUUUGAGAGCCUUUUUGGCGGACGACAAGGCUGCGGUGGAAGUGAAACAAGAGAUUGAUCAAGGUCGACGAAAGUAUCGAAUCUCGGGUGUUCCCUACUUUGUCAUUGGAAAGAAGAACCGUGGCAAAGGAGAGAAACCCUAUGGCUUUUCGGGAGCGCAACCACCGGAAACAUUCCUUGAAAUUUUCCAAGAACUCGAAGAGUAGGCAGGAGGGAUGGUUGAGCAUUCGAAAGAGAUGAGACAUGAGAAGCUACCAGAUGGAGAGGUGAUGGCUAAGAUGGCACAAACGCUUUGAAUGACCGUCCAACCAAUCGAUGGUUCCAUCGUCUGGAAGAGAUAUGACGCGAUAAGAGUCUGUUGUGCCAGCUUACCCUCCUUCUUGGUGGUUUCAAUCGUUCGAUUCAUUCCGGAUGCCGCUGAUUGUCUUCCAAUCCAGCAAAGAUGCAAAUGUUCGUUCCUUCCCAUUUGACCUAAGUCAACAAGAGUACUAGUACAACAGAAUCUCCUUUACCCUUAUUAGCGUUAGCCGCUAUAUCCUGUAGUUUGUGGAAAACAUCCUGUC